AUGACGGACACACAGAAACCUCUCGCAGAGACACCGCCCAUAUCACCGGACGUGGACGACAGGUCCGAUGAGUCUGAAGCCAGCGCGUCGUCCCCUCAGCCCCCCUCUCACGGUGUGCCCUCCCUCCGUCCUAAACCAGAUGUCUCUGCAGGCAUGACAGCAUCGUCCACUCCUCUCGGUCAGUUGAACGCGGCACGACGGGGAGGAGUGCCUCCUCCGCGGCCACCUGCGUCGAUGAGCGCCCAGUCCAGCGGUCUUAACCAGGAUAUUCUGGCCAAGAUGAAAGCAUUCUCUCUUUCUCGACAGGGUGCUCCCCCCGGGCUUGCCCAUGUGGCCUCGACAGGUGUCAUCCCGACAACAAGAGGGCCAUUGACAGGCUCUAGCAGUCCAGUGUCGCCCCCCGGUCCUUCACCAGUAGGAGUUCCCAUUGCUGGUCUGGCUGGUCGAUUACCACAUGCACAACGCCCCGGUGCUCCCAAUUGGGCUUCUGCUCCUUCAGUGGCUGGUUCAGGGCCAACGGCCCCUAAACCAGGUGGAUUGGCCGCGAAGAGAUUGAAACCGGGACUGAAACUGUCGGAUGCUACUGGUUCUCCGGGUUCAGGCUCUAGCAGCCCAGGUCCCGAUGGGAAACACGAUGAAACCGCGUUUAGCAAAUACUCCGAGUAUAUCGAUACCAAAGCUGGCACCUUGAAUUUUAAGAACAAGGCGGUUAUUCAUGGAGGAGGGAUCGAAUUCUCGUCAGGUCAGAGUUUCAGCAUUUCUCUAGACGAAGUCGACCGGUUAGACGAACUAGGAAAGGGUAAUUACGGAACAGUAUACAAGGUUCGCCACAGUCGUCCACAUCUUCGAAAGCCCGGGCUAGGUUUGAGUGGUAUCAUGAGUCGUCCUACUGCAGUCGACGAUUCAAAGAAUGCAACUUCCCAGGACGAUCUAUCGGGGGUGAUAAUGGCGAUGAAGGAGAUCCGCCUGGAGCUCGACGAGAAUAAGUUCGCCCAGAUCAUCAUGGAGCUGGAUAUCCUGCACCGCUGCGUGUCACCUUUUAUUAUCGACUUCUAUGGAGCUUUCUUCCAAGAAGGUGCUGUGUAUAUUUGCGUGGAGUACAUGGACGGUGGGUCGAUCGACAAGCUGUAUGAGCAGGGUGUCCCGGAGAAUAUUCUACGCAAGAUUGCGCUAUCGACUGUGAUGGGUCUCAAGACACUGAAGGAUGACCAUAACAUUAUCCAUCGCGAUGUCAAACCGACCAAUAUUCUAGUGAACACUCGCGGCCAAAUCAAGAUCUGUGAUUUUGGUGUCAGUGGGAAUCUGGUGGCCAGUAUCGCCAAGACGAACAUUGGUUGUCAGAGCUAUAUGGCACCUGAGCGUAUUGCUGGCGGAGGUGUCCAGCAGUCCGGGACUCAGUCCACUGCGACAUACAGUGUGCAGAGUGAUGUGUGGAGUUUGGGGCUCUCGAUCAUCGAGUGUGCCAUGGGACGGUAUCCUUACCCUCCUGAGACUUACAACAAUAUUUUCAGUCAACUCCAUGCAAUCGUUCACGGUGAGCCACCUUCUCUUCCAGAGACUGGCUACUCGGAAGAAGCCCACGAGUUCGUGCGCGCCUGUCUCAACAAGAGCCCGAACGGCCGUCCCUCGUAUGCCAUGCUUCUUCGACAUCCCUGGCUUGCACCUUUGAUGCAGCCUCCUACCGCCUCUGAGGCUGGGGGGAAGGGCGGGGAUGAAGUCCCCGAGUCUAGCACAGAAGAGUCCCCUAAGGAUAUCCAAUCGCGCCAGGGCAACCUAUCAACUGAGGAUAAGGAGGUUGCGGACUGGGUAAAGGAUGCCCUGGAUCGUCGACAGCGCGGCCUGCUAGGCGUCUCGGAGAAACCCGCCCUGCAUGCAGUAGCCCUUGAUGCUGUGCCAGGAAGCCCUCUAUUAGAUGAUCCUACCAGUUUCCCAGCUUGA